AUGGUGGCAAAUUGUGGCGCCGCUUUACACCUUGAUAGCCAACUGGUGGUAGUGAUGCUGCGAUAUAGCUCUGGAGAAAGUCUUGAGAUCCCUGUUUCGCCUCGGACUGCAUAUGCAACGCCCUGACAGCUGUUCGGGGCACUGACCAAAAUAGUAGUUGUUUCGCGCUACUGGAUCGCCACCUUUGCUUUUGAAAGAAUUUUGCAUUUCAGACCCAGAAGAGCUGGCGGUAGCUCUUGUUAAGACCUCAUGUGCUCAUCAAAGCCUAGAAACACCGAUGAUCGUUGGGGUAGACAAUGAAGGCGCUCGCAAGAAAUCGUGCCAUUGCGGCCAGCAGGGCGGAAGGAAUGGCACUUGGCAUGUGUCGCGCGCCUCAACCACCCCCAGCAUCGGUGGCAGUUCCGAACCCAAUGACGCUUUCUGGUGCUCGGGCUUAUGAGCAAGCUGCCACUAAGGUUGGCAGAAGUGGAGUUAGAGAGGUGCAAGCAGCAGUCGCCCUGAAGACUUCUGGUCCAGAAUCAAGGUCAGAAGAGGAGGCUCUGAAUGGAGCGCAAAAACAAUCGAUGAACGGUGACUCUGCCCUUCCCUGGGCUAUGGAUUCUGGGUCCAAAAGUAGACCCGCCACCGCGCAGAAGAGACGAGCCGUUUCGAAAGAUGGGAAGGCCAGUUCUUCCAAUUACACGACACAGCAGAGACUUGCACUAGAGCUGUCAGGAAUGCACGGAGGGGAAGCGAAAGUCCGCCUCGCCAGGAGAGUGAGUGCAAGGCAGCAGCUCCUUGAACUUGACCGCGAGAGGGGGGAAGAAAUUCCAGCCUGCGUGGCCCCCCACUCAGAACGUGGGCGCCGUCCUGACAAGCGGCAGUUUCAGAGGGGAGGGGGCGGUGACAAUCAGAAGGAAUGGAGAGACGAUGCUCGCCUGGCAAGGAGGGCUGUAGAAGCUAUUCUGGCGUCACAAGGGUUGGAUAAACAAGCCAGCGUGCUGACAGCUGUCGAGACGGAUGCACCGGAAGAAGGGUUGGAUUCAACGGCCUGUGGUGGGGAGGAGGGGAGAACUGCAGGCGGGCAGAUGGGUGUGAACGGGGCUCCAGAAAGUGGGCUUCUUUCUUGUUGGGGGUUAUCACCUGGGCUUCACUUGCAAGAGGUGGAGUCAGGAAAGGGUCCAGUUCCAACGGCAGACGAGAACAGCGCAUCUUCGGAAAGUGGGGCAGGUUUCGAGACAGCGGGUGAGGAGAAGAAAGCCGCCCUGGCACGGACGCUAGAAGCUCUAGGGGGCUCGCUCAGCCUUUACAGGUGGCAGGACGUCCUAAAGGAUCUUGGGGAGCGCGGCCACUGGGCGGUUGCGCUGAACGUCUUUUACUGGGCGCAGGAGAACCUGAGAAUCAAGCCCAACGCCUUCACUUACGCUCAGAUGGCAAUGACGCUUCAAGCCGCAGGCCAAGCAGCCCCUCUGAUCGCCCUCUACGACCAAGCACUUCGGCACGGCAUCACCCCCCCGGAGCAACUCUUCAAUGGCGUCAUUUCCGCGCACUGUCAGCAAGGAGAUCUUCCAACCGCUCUGGAGGUCUUCGCCCAGAUGACGUCAUCUGGGUGCAAACCGGGGCAAUGGACGUACACGUACCUGCUCCAGGGGUGCGCCCGCUGGGACCCGGGUUUGGCGUCUGACCCUGGAGCUAACCUAGAUUCUGACCCAGGUUUGAAUCCGAACCUGGUUGCUGACCCGGAGUUUGAAAGCGGGUUGGCGUUAAAGAAAAACCUCGGUUUCGACGUGGAAGAAACUUUAGGCCCUGAUGAAGGUGGUAACCCGGGGUUCGAUCCGUUUGUGGGUCUUCCUGACUUUCAAACAGAGUCGGGUCCAACGAAGGAAGCGGAUUUGAAGUUGGCACGCGGGCAGGGCGGCCGGAUUCCGAAGCAUGCAGCCGACCGUUCAGAUGGAAGAGAUGGGGCGCCAUUUCGAAGCGGGGAAGGCGGAACCAGAACGGCGAUCGAGAUUGCGGACGGUUUAGUCCAAAGCAUGCUCGCGUCCAGGGUCCGGCACAACCUGGUUACACUAACCGCUCUCGUCGAAGUCUACGCUGGGGGGGAACACGUGGCAAGGGCCCUGGAGCUGUUCGGACGAUUUCCGGACCACGGGGUGAAACCGGACGGCGGCAGUUAUUUAACCCUGUUUCAGGCGUGCGUCCGAGGGGGAGCGUCGCUCGGGCAGCUUUUGGAGGUUUAUUGGGGGUUUGCUGAGGCCCGGAUCCGCCCCCCCAAAACGGUCUAUCACCCCCUUCUGCGGGCGUGCGCGCAAGAGAAGAACCUGGCCGUGGCCCAUAAGCUAUUUGACGAGAUGCGGGCGUUUGGGAUUAUGCCUGAUGCGAAGCACUACACGAGCCUCGUGUUUGCUUGCGGAGUGGUCAGAGACAUUCCCCGGGCGGAGGCCACCCUAACCGAGAUGCUAACCCAGGGGUUAGAGAGAACGACAAUAACCUGGAACGCCCUCCUGAGCGGGUUACGGAAGGGGGAGGGAACCUUCGCCCAAAUGAAACCCGUUGUGAAGAAGAUGCGGGCCGCGGGGGCCGAGUCAGACUGCACGACGUACAGCGUUUUGCUGCAGGUCUGCAAGCAGGAGGGGCGUGCCAACACUGCCCAGAGAAUCUACGCCGCUUUCCUCGAGGCGCGUUCGGUCCCCGGGGAACGCAUUUUGGUCCACCGGGAGGCGCUCGAGAACUUUGCACCGGCGGCAAUGGUUGAAGCUUGCGAGACCGUUAUCGCCCAAAUGCGUAACGAGGGGUUGGUGCUGACGCGACGGAUGCACCAGCUCCUGAUCGCGGCAUAUGCCGCCGAGCUCGACUACGGCAAAAUGGCGGACGCCCUCGCGGCGAUGCUGAACGAGGGGCUGACACCUGGUGUCGCGGCAAACGACCACGUGGCACGGGCGCUCGCCAGGGGGGGGCGCGUGGGAGAACUUCUGGUGCUUCUGAAGACGAUUCGGGAAGGGGGCGGAGAAGUGCCGGGCCGGAUGUGGCAUCACGUCAUCAGGGCGCACGUGAACGUUCCGGAUCAGGAUCCGGAUCUUGAGAGCCUGUCCAAAACUCUUCGAGACCUGCACCGGACGUCCGGCUCUCUCCCGACUGCCGCGCUCGUCAGCCUGCUCAUCCUCAUUAGCCAGGCCGACACGUGGCAGCAAAUCCAACCGCUCGUUUCACUUCUCGGCCGCAUCGACGGCCAGCUCUUCCAAGCCGCCUCUGAACUCCUCUCAGCGGAGCCGCGGUCGCCCUGGCGUGUGCUUGAGGAUGCCAACCGGGCAAAAAAUGACAUAGUGAGGGGAAGCUUGGACCCGGACGAAGAGUGGGCGGUGCAGGCUACCGACCGCUUCGUCCGGCUUGUGCAAGCAGUCGAGCCCGACGACUCAAGCCUCCUGUUGGUUCUCCUGGGGCGCACCGCCGACGCGCUGUGCUUCCGAGGACUAAGGGCCCGGGCCGCGACCCUGGUACGUACCGUCCUCACCCUGGAGCUCAACCGGGCGCCGCAUGGGGGCCCCAUCCGACCGUCGGAUCCCGUCCACGUGGCGCGAUCCCGGCGGCUCGACCUGCACCGGCUCUCCGAGGGCGGCGCGUGCGCGCUCCUGCUGAGCUGGCUGCGGGAGCGUCAGGCUGACGUCAGAGGCGAUGCAAUACUUGGUGCUGACUUCGACGAGGCUGCGGGGGAUCCCCCUGCGGUGGUCGAGAUUGUCACGGGGUGGGGGAAGCACUCGCUCGUGGGGGGGCGCCCCGCGGGGGUGUCGGCCGUGCAGGCGGCGGUCGGGGGGGUGUUGGAAAAAAUGGGUGCGCCGUUCGAAACGAGCCCGGCAAACGAGGGGCUGCUGGUCGCUUCUAGCGAGAGCGUCCGGGAGUGGUUGACAAUGUGUCCGGCGAUCGAGUUGCGGGACGAGAGGAAAUGACGGGUCAAUGAGUCAAGCGUCUUAUAGGCGGUCGUCCUAUCACUUGGGUUUAUUCCGAAACCUGAGACUCCUUCCUAGCCAAGGUUUUUGAUGCCCAGUAAUCGCGGUGCCGGAAUCGGACGAUGGAGUGCUGCUGAGCGGCGGACAUCCGAACGCUCGCGGCUGGACACGUGUCCGGGAUUGGCACGUGCAGCGAUGAAGGGUACCCGACGAUCGGUCCCUUCGGCGGAUAUCGGACGGUCCGUCGGUUGGACGGUGGCCAUUUUGCUGUCCGAGGGCGAGACGCCUCUGAUUUCUGGACUUCGGGUUCAAGAAAAGCGGCCGAAGUGACUACUCCGACGUGACAGGCUGAGCAGGGUUCUGCCGUUCUGUUAUUUCUCAAGAAAAGCUCCAAGGCGGACAACUCGGUCAGGUACAACAGUCGCAUUUUGAAGUUGGCUGCUGGUACGAUACUAUUUUCUCUGCAUGCGCGCAUCUUGGAUUUUGCGCUGGUCGAACUCGGUUUACAGCACCACCCUCUGUGUUCGGCGGCCUAUUAUUGACGUGGCAGCGUGUCGUUUCCAAGCUCCUGCGGACACAUAGCUAGUGGAUCCUCGGGCG